AUUUCGAAACUUGUUCUUAAAGUUUCCCAAAACUAAAUAUGUUAUUUCAACACCUGCAGUUGCAAUCGAUAAAAUCAAUUACUUUGAGAAGCAAGUAAACCAAUGGAUAUGAUAGAAUGGAGGGAAUAAGGAUAACCCGUAAUCAGGUUCAAUUGUUAGAUUUUCAAAAUAAUUGGGAGAAGGAAUAUUAUUUUUACUAUUAAACUAGUGUUUAAAAUACAAUAACAAAUGAGUUGUGGUCUAAUGAAAAACAUGUUUACUAAUAAUCUUAGUAUCCUAAUUUAAAUCACCUAGUCUACCACUUAUAUUUUUUUAUCCACGCGAAAACUACUACCGGGAAUUGGAUAAUCGUUAUCCCAAAAAUUAGGGGUGUCCCAUGACCCGACACCCCCAAUACCCCCUGGCUCUGCCACUGCGUUAAGGUGACCAAAGGAGAAGCGAGGUUGAAUAACGCUUUGUAAUAAUCUAAGGAACAUGACAGGUAUAGGAAUCACUGAAGGUACUAAAGACAGCGGAGUAUAUGCACAAAAGGGUCCCAAUAACUUGAACCCAAUUUUUAUUUGUGAAAUUAGGAUGAACUUAAAGAUAAAGAGGUAUAUCAUCAUCGUUUCUGUUGAAAUUUCUUUUAUGGAUAAGUGAUUGUAUAAAAGCGCAGAUAUGUGCCCAGAAAGUUUUGGAUCGGAUUCGAUCUUUAGCAGCCGCUACUUAUGCGUUACCUUUUUGAUGGUCACUGAGAGGACUAUAAAACUCGCAUUAAAUACUCUCAGGAUUUGCCGGAUAUCUACGAAGAUUAAACUUUGUUGAAGACGGAUUUUUCAACAAAUUACUCACCACUUUUCAAAUACAAAAUAUUUAAGAAAGCUGGCAUGCCCCAACCCAAUGCAACAGGAAUGAGUUUCUUAGUUACGAAGAUAGAUGAAAAAUUCAUCCCCAACCCUAGCUAGUUAGCAAUAGCACGGUAUCUGUUUGGAGUUAUAAAGGCGGUUGGUGUGGAUCGGUGUGCAUAUGUAUUUUCUAGUUGAUAAAACUGAUGAGAGUUGAUUGUGAUGGACCAAAAGCACAUGCUAGACCGUGGACUGGACCAAUCAUCCGACAACGUUUAGGUGCUGAGAAUGCAGAGGAAUGGACAAAUUCGGUAUCGAGGACGGUCGCAGAUGCAAUCCAAUCUCUUGUCUCAUCCUUUCUAAUGAAAUAUUGAUAGUGAAUGCUAUUUUUCUUAUACAUAUAUAUCAUGUACAUUUUGUGGCGCGCUUUGUUGUGGCUUCUUAUAAAAUUAGAAGUAUAGUUUGCUAAUUCGUAUUUAAUUUUUAUCGUGUUAUUAGCAGCAAUAUAAUAGAAAUUUUUCUAAUAGAAUUUAAAUAGUCAGAUGAUUUUAGUUGUAUGUAAUGAUUUAACCACGAUUGAACUACCAUUGUACCGUAUUGGCGGUCCAAUAGAAAAACUCACAACAGAAUCUAAAUCGGUAAGUGAUUUUGGCUGUAUAAAAUUAUUUAACCACGGCUGAACUAUGAUUUUAGCACAAAAUUAUCUAAUGCUAACUUUUCCGGUACGACUUUCGGUGUGGUUCUACAAUUUUUGGUUUUUUCUUAACAUGCAUCGAGGCUCGGGUUUGAGCAACGUGUCAAGCCUGAUUCAACUGCGAUUUUAGUCCAAACUACCCUAAUAAUAAAUUUACCGGUAAUGACCUUCGGUAUGAUUUUACAUAUUUUUUUCUAAACAUGCAUCGAGGCUCGGGUUCAAUCUAAUUUAACCAUGAUUGAAGUAAGAUUUUAGCAGAAAAUACCCCAAAAUUAACUUUAUCGGUACGACCUUGGUAUGAUUUUACAAAAAAAAAAUUCCUGAACAUAAAUCGAGGCUCGGGUUGGAACAACGUGUCGAGCUUGAUUUUAACCACGGAUGAACUACAAUUUUAGUACAAAAUAUUAUAAUGCUAACUUUUUCGGUACGAACUUUAGGUUAUUGUUUUACAAUUUUUAGUUUUUUUGAACAUAAAUCGAGGCUCGGUUUGGAGCAACAUGUCAAGCCUGAUUUAACUACUGUUGAGUUAUAAUUUUAGCACAAAAUACACUAAUGCUAACUUUUCCGGUAUGACCUUCGAUAUGAUUUUACAAUUUUUUAUUUUUGUUAACAUAAAUCGAUAUUCUGGUUGGAGUAACGAACGACAUUUUCCCACUUUUUGUUGUGUAAGUAAGAGGGGGAAAUUACAGGAACUCAUUUUAAUAAAACUCAAACUCUCAUCAUGGUUUUCCAAAAUCAUAAAUAAAAAAUAAUAAUUAGCAAUAGACCAAUCAAAGAAUGACUGUGAGCAGCUCAACCAAACCACCCACAUUUUGUUGUUGUGAGGGAGAUUAAAUGCUUGAUAUCUUUGCCAUGACAGGUUAGUAUUGAGCAUAUUUUUAGGGAAGCAAACUUUGUAGUUGACUAUCUAGCUUCCCUCGGUCACACUUUUUCUUUGGGAGACCAUUCGUUUCCGACUCCAUGUUACCUCAUGAAUUACUGGCUGUACUUUGAUUUGAUUGGGGUGACAACUCCUCGUUUUAUUAAUAGAUAAGGGUUGGGGCGCCCAUGAAGCGCUCCGAUUUUAACAAAAAAAAUGACUAUGAGCAAAACAAAAACAACCAACCUGUCACAUUAAUAUAACUCUUAUGCAAUAGUACAUACCUUCUAACUUUUAUUAUAUUCAUGGAUAAGAGAUAGGAAUGACAAUGGACAGGUUUGGGGCGGGUUUCUUGGUACCCAGACCCAGGGGCGGACCCAGGGAGGUUUGGGGGUGUCCCCGGACACCCCUAAAUUUUGAAAAAACAAUUAUCCAACUUUCGGUGGUAAUUUACGUAUAGAAAAAAAUUAAAAUUAAUAGUCCGGGACACCCUAAAAUUUGAAAAAAAUCAUUAUACUACUCUCGUUUGUAGUUUGCGGAUGGGAAUAUAAGUGGUAGUUUAGGUAAUUCAAACCCGGGACACUACUACUAUUAAUAAAUAUAAUUUUCAUUAGGCUACAAAUUUUUUUGUGGUUCUAUUCUAAACACUUGUGUAAUAGCAAAAUUGUAGGAAACAUAAAUAUUGGGGUGGUUAGGGGAUUAGGCAGCCGAUUAGUGCCAAGUAGAUUAGUAGGGUAUCAUUAGAUUUUUGGGCUUAUUUUCCUAUAAAUAUGUAUUUGAGUCAUUACGUUGGAUUUGGUCAGAAAUCAAUAAUCAAACCCUAUUCAGUUUAUCCCUCUUCUUCUCCUAAUCCCUAAUUCCCAAUUCUAUUCUUCCUAUCUCAAUUUCCCAAUUAUUCUUCUCAAAACCCCUAAUUAUUUUUCUCAAUUUCUAAACCUCUUUCUAAUCUAUCUGGCUACGUUAAUCACAAGUUACCGCAGAAUCAUAGUUCCUUCAAAAACCCUAGUCUCUAUCUAUAAUUAUUUUCAAAACUUAACAAUUAAUCUAAUUACAAGCUACCCUUAAUUUAUGGGUGUACGACAAGUGUUGAAAGUGUCUUUUCAACUUUGAGUUACACCAAGAACAAAUUUAGAAGUCGAAUACGCAUUUGUUCGUGAAUGAUUGUCUAGUAGGAUAUACCGAGACAACUUUGUUGAGCAGUGUAGACACCAAGUGUAUUUUACAAUUUUUUCAGAAUAUGAAAAUACUUAUGAACUUUUUUUAACUUGUACGAGUUGGCUAUUUUCUUAUUCAAGAAUUAUUUAAUAUUUAUUAGUUAUUAUAUUUAUUAUUAUUUACUUUUUGAAAGAGGACACCCCUAUAUAAAAUUUCUGGGUCCGCCACUGCCCAGACCCGCCCCGUGGCAGGUCGGAUAAUUUAUUAUGGGUCGAGCAGGCCGACCUAAUGAGUAUACAAUUUAUAUGAAAAAUAUUAGAAAUAUUCGUUAUUUUUAUUAUAAGACCAAGAAAACAAACAAUAUUAUGAUAAAUGUAGUUAAAUUAUUUGAGAAAAUGAGGUUUUCACUCAUUUACAACUUUAGUAUAGCUAAAAUAUGAUGUAAUAAAAGGAAAAUUCAAAGUAAUUUGACUAAGAUUACAAGUAAUUUAGGCAAGAAUGGAUCAAGAAUGGGGCGGGUCAGGGCAGGUCGGGUCGAUGAGAGUACACAUGCCCGCCCUGCCCCGCCUACGGGACGGGUCGAACCCACACCAAAACAGACCAGACAGAUCGGGUAAAACGGAUCAGGUCGAAAUUGUCAUCCCUGAUAACAGAGUUGGUUACUCUGCUUGCAUAUACCAAAUGAAAUGGUUAAAACCUCGUACGUACCUUGAUGGUUAGAUUAAUCUUCUACAAAUAACUCGAGUUAUUGGUAUCAAUAAAUUUUUUGAUAUGGUGUGAGAGUGUGUAAUCAUCAAGAGGUAUUGUGUUCGACUUUUUCGUGAUACUGUUAUUAACAAUUGAUUUAAACAUAAAAUAUAUCAUGCUUAAGCAAACUUAAUGCUCACGAGCCGGGUUUCGCGUUUGAACUGACAUGUAAAAAUAACACCACUGUUAAUAACUGGUAUGCGAUCCAUACUUGAAUCUCUUCCAACAAUUCUAUCGCAACCGUAGAUAUAGUUUUUUUUUUUUUUUUUGGUAGGACCGUAGAUAUAGUUUUAGCGUUGAUCUUCAUAAAAAAAAAAAUUUGAAAUUUAGAUUAGACCUGCGGUUAAAAUAGAGAAUGUAGCUCAUUAACGUCUGGCAGGAAAUGCAUGCAGCACUGUCGAGUCUGGAUAUAACAAAAUCAAAAUGUAAAAAAAUAAUAAUAAUAAUAAUAAUAAUAAUGCACCGACGUUGGGCAAAGAAACAACCUGUCUGGUUCCUUCUGGGAAUUAAUUAAGCUCAUGGGAUCUGGUUCUGCACAAGUAAAAACUACAAGCCGUACAGAAAGCUCUUGUCAAACGCGCGUGAUCAAUGUUCUUCCGUGUCGGGUAUGAUCAUUUAUAAUGUGCUAAUCUGCAUCCAUCUUUCGUUAUGAACUUAUGAUCAACAUGGCGUCGGACAAUUACUCAGAGGUAAACAACGAUAUUAACGAGGCUGAGAGCCUGAGACAUGCCCGGUGGCGAAUCCAGGUUGUAAAACUAGGUGUGUCCGGUUAUUAAAAAAUAUAUAUAUAUAUAUUGAAAUAAUUAUUUAAUAAUUAAAAUUGAAUGGAAACUAGCGGACUAGAAAAGGGAGAACCCAGUAGCAGAGGCUUAUGUUUAGACUUCAUAGUUCUUGGACAAAAUUGAAUAGGAUAAUUGAGAAAAAAAGAAUACAAAUAGAGAUUUAUUUCAAUUGAAGAUUUCAUUUAUAGCGUAUAAAUUAAUUUUAUAUCAAUCAAAUAACAAAACUUGAGCUUCAUUGUAAUGGUAAAAAUACUUUUUAUACUAUAUUAAUGUGAUGAAUUUGAAUAUUUUAUCCUUUACAUAAAUAUAUAUAGGGAUGUAUUAAUUUUUUACUAAAACUUACCGGUGUCCUAGGACACAUCACAAACCCUACUCCCUCCGCCUAUGGACAUGUGGUAUGAUUUUUCCUCGCGAGUAAGUUUAAUUUUGUAAGGAGUCAUGGUUUUGUUCAAUGUGUAUCGAAUCUAUAGAAUAUGGUUGAAUUACGAAAAUUAGAUUGCUAUAUUUUGGUUUCGCUUGGCAUGAUUUCGAGAGUACUUCUACUAUGUUAUAAAGUAUUGGUGCUUUAAUAUACAGUUUGAAGUUGUACCAUAACGCUAAAUAUAUAAGUUCAGGUUGUACCAUUAAAGAAGUUGUACCAUCACAUAAAGGUAUAAAUUCAAGUUGUACUAUAAAAAUGUUUGUACAAAAUUGUAUAUGUACAAUUUUAAAAGUUGUACUAUAACUUUAAAGUUACAACUUGUAGUUGUACCAUAAAAACAAAAACCUAUAGCACCAAUGUUAUAUAGCGCUGUGAAAUUCCUCUUGUUACGAUUGAUAUUAGGAAGAACUUAUUGAUAUUCGAUAGGGUAAUAUACGCUAAAUUUUUUA